CUUGGCCGCUGUUAGCCAAAGCUUUUUUUUUUUCUUUUUUUCUUUUUAUUUUUCUUUUUUAAGGCCACAACAUCUGCUGCCCGUACCCCCCCCCCCCCCCGGGGGCAGGCAGCAGUGCAGGCAGCAGUGCAGGCAGCUGCCUGCCCCGGCGGGGUUGGCUCUGGGGCUGGGGUUUGGGCAGGGGCCGUGGUGCGGGGCAGGCGCUGGCUGGGGCCGGGGGCGGUGAGGAAUGGCCGUGAAGAGCCACCAGCUCUGAGGGGACAGCUGUCAGAAGAAGGCCUGCUCAGCACCGGGGCGGGGGUGCUGGUUCGGGUCGCGAUAGAUCGAGGCACCAUCCAAGGACACUUGUGGAGCCCAUCAGCUGCUUACAGGAGCUGAACGUAUCCCAAGGGGCCUUCAAGCAGAGGGAGCAGCACAGGCAGCCUACCCAGGAGCCAACAUGGAGCAGAAGAUCAGCUCUUUCUUUAAUUCUAUCUUGGAGCUCAUCCGUACCAAGCACGAGGAAGGCAUCUUCAACACCGUCUGCUUGGCCGUGCUGAUGGGCUUGCCCUUCGUUGUCCUCAUUGUGUUCAUUUUCAUCUGCUGCCACUGCUGCUUCUGCAGCCGGAGAGGAAAAUGCAGGAAGAAAGGGAGUACCAGCAGCAACGGGCAGCUGCACGCCGAGAGGAACAAGAAGAAAAAGAAGAAGAAGAAGAAGGAUGAAGAGGACCUGUGGAUCUCAGCUCAGCCCAAGCUGCUCUUGCUGGACAAGAGACCAUCCUUGCCCAUCUAGCAAACAGGAGGGCGUUCAGGCCCUCCCCUCUGAGAUGCCACCAGUCCUUUCAGCUGUGCACUAUGAGGGGCGAGGAGAUGCCAAAGCUGCUGCCACUUUAUGGUGACUUUCAAAAGAGGCUGAGCCCAGCAGGUAACCAGCAUGUUGAAGGGCCAGCAGAGAGCAAGGCAGUUGGGCUCAGCUUUAUGAAGCCCCUUCUCCCCCACCAUGAGAGCGUGCUCAAGGGCAGAAACCCCUGCAAAGGACAGGCAUGCACGUGGACACGUGCCCUGCUGAGCACGCGAGGGUGACCUGCCACUGGGCCAUACGUACCUCCUGCCAUGAGCACAAUGCACGCGCACAGGGCUGGCACGCAGCAAACAGGGUGCAAGGCUCUCCCUCUGCACUCGUGUGCAAGCGUAUGCAUCGUGGCACAGACAAAGGUGUGCGGGACCACGUCCAUUCGAAGACCGAGCCGCCCACACGCUCCCCCUGCGCAAACGUGGACGGCCGCAUGCGAAGCAAGCACAGGCAUGCUGCGUUUGCUUGCCCUGCCGCGGAGAUGGCACAACUUGACUGUCUAUGCUCCAUCCAAACCCAGCUCACGUUGGAGAUACAAAAAAAGCCAAGAGCAGAGUUACCCCACAGCUCAAAGAUGUGCCAUCUCCCCGGCCACCAAACCAAAGGCAACUGAGAGCAUCUGAAAACAGAUGCCCUCAGCCCAACCUUAGAGACCUCAAGACACAAUCUUAAGGCAGCAAAGCAGAAGGACGUGUUGCCACCCAGGCUGGAGGCAGGGAGGAGAGAGGAGGCUGUAAUUGUGACCCUUUUGCACCAGCACUUAUGAAAAGAUCUUCCUUGAAAGUCUGUUUUAUACAGAUUUGCCUUUAGAGAGCCCACCACGCUACUGCAAGAGCAGAAAUGCAAGCCGAGGCUAUGUAAAGGCUUAGCUACGGGCAUUAGAGUUAUUUAUUGAAUGACUACUAAUGAGCAGGACCAAAGGCCCCUCCGUCACGGGGCUAGGCACACCGAAGCGGUAUUGAAGCAGCAGGCACGCUUUCCCGGCACACUCAUCCGUCCCCUCUCCCUGCAGCCCUUGUGCACACACAGACCCACGAGCGCACACCGCUGCCAGCUGAUGCCACGUAGGCAGCUCUGUAUGCCACGCAGAGGGCUUCCGUACUGCUGUCAGGCCAGCCAGCUCUGGGAUUUGGGAUGUGCUGAAGGAGCAGAGAGGAGUACAGUUCAUGCCCACAGUCAUCCCUUACCCUGGAAUGCACCAUACAGCCGGACCCUGCGUCCCUCUCCAUCCUCAUCUCCCCCUUGGAUGCGCGGUGGCUUGGCCAGGCACAGCAGCUAACAGGACCACACGCAGCUCUCACCCCUGCUCUGGUUUUGACCCUCUGCUCCCCCCCCACGCCUGCGUGCCCACCCUACCUCCUGAGGAGCUCGGGGUCUCCGCUGCCCCCUGCUCUCCACCCCGCCAGGCUUUGUCUCCCCCCAGCCUGUUUUGCCAGCGAGGGGGACAUGCACACGCAUGUGAUCAGAAGCUCCAUUGCAUCUGGUUUUUGCCCUGUGUCUGUACACUGGAUGUUGUCUUCCCAUUUUCUUCCGGUUCUUCAGCUGCUGGAGCAGACCGGAGCUGCCAGCCAGAGCCAGACAUCUGAGGGACGAGCAGCCAAACCCACGUGGGCAAGCCUGGACAGAGCUGCCGGACACAACCGCUUCCAGCCUGGGCGAGGGCGAUGCCGCCUUCCCCCGGCUGCCAGGGCACACACUGGCGGGGGGGACAAAGCCACCACUUAGAAGUGGUUGUUUGUGCCACCCGGUCCCAGCGCAGCCUCUUUUGUCCGACUCAGACAGGGCGGCGAUGUUAACGUCGCGUCAGGGGGUUUGGCAGCAUGCGGCUGUGCUGGGAGACCAGGCUCCUCCUCGCACAGCCCUUUAAAUUGACCCCAUAUGUGCCUUAUUUUCCAGCUUGCUUUGUUAGCAUUGAAACAAGUCACUCCCUUCUCCUCCAAAACAGGAAAGCAACAUAUAAUGCUAUAAAAAAAAAAAAAAAUCAGGAUUUGCCACACCUGAUCCUAGAGAGAAACAUGCAGGAAUAGCUCUGGUCUCUGUCCCAAACCCUCAGUCCCUCCAGGACCCCAGAGAACCAGCACCGCACGUGUAUUAUUCCUUCUUCCUUCCCUCCUUUCCCCAAUCCAGGUACUUUUCCCAGCCCUCCUGCCUCCGCGCUCACCAGGUGGGCAAAGCAGCCUCCUCCCACGAGCAGGAAAGCUGCCCACGCACCUGUGAGCCCCAGAGGAAGGGUGGUGCUGCCUGGAGGGAUGGGGAAAUCAGAGCAAAGGGAAACGCUAUGGGAGGCCGGAGGCUUACCUGAACAAGCAGGGGCACGGAGGCAGCCAGCACCAACAGAGUACAGCCUACCUGGUGUGGAGCCACCGGGCUUUGCAUGGAUCCCUGCAAGGAGGUCCUUGUCCGGAAGAGUUAGCGAGUAACGUUUCAGGCGAGGACAACAGAUUCCUACAAGAACCAGAGAACUGUCAAGAAAACAUCUGUGUUGUGUCACGUGUCACAUCUCCAAUCCAGGCUUUGGGGAAUUUAGAGCCGUGUCUGAAUUUCAAGAACCCACCAAAAUCAUUGUGCAAAUCCACCCCUGAGCUGGGCAGGGAGGCACCGGGAUCCAGCCCUGCCCUGAUCCAGCCGGCCAGUGGUCCGAGGCUCUGCACCCCACAAAGCUCGAGGGCUGCUGGUUUAGCCAAGCACGCACUGAAUCAGCUGCUUCUUGAAACAAAAGCAAAAGAGCAGCGACAGCCUGAGGUGCGCCGGGACCAGUCACCCAGGCAGCCGUGACCCCACAGCACCCACACCAAGAAGGCAGCAGGAGAAGCACGGUACAGAAACGCUGCUGCGUGGGUCCCAGCUCUGCAGCCACCCUGGCACUGCCUCCCCACAGCUGCGUUUCAGUCUCGACCUUUUAUUUUCCAAAACAAUCCAUGCAAUGGGAGGAGGGGGGAAAAAAAAAAAACCCACACAAGUUUUUUGUAAUUUUUUUUUUUUUUUAAACCUAAAAUAAAUGAUUCUCAAACUGCAAACAAA